AUGAUUCAACAAGCUACAAAUAAGUUUUGUGGUUACUUGACUCAAGUUGAAGGAAUGCAUCCAAGUGGGUUUAACGAGCAAGACAAUAUUGGCAAGGCAAAGGUAAUGUUCUUGGAGUUAGAGAAGAAGUCUUUUAACUUUGAUUAUUGUUGGCGGGUGUUAAGAUUCCAUCCAAAGUGGGUGGAACAUAUGGACAUGGUGAAGCCGAAGAAGAAACCAAGUUCACAUGAUUCGACACCAAAUUCAAUAAAUCUAGGCGAAGAUGAGGAUUUUCAUAUUGCAUCUUCAGAUUUGGAACGACCAAUAGGUCGUAAAGCAGAAAAAGAGAAACGAAAGAGAAAAGAAAUGACAAACUCUGACUCUCUUGUGGUACUAACUGAGAUGGCGGAAAUUAAAAAGAGUAAACUUGUGCUUAUGCAAGAAGCACGUGAUCAUAACAAUAAAAUAUUGUGUCUUAGGCAAGAGGAAGUGAGUCUUAAGCAAGACGAAUUACGUAUUCAAAAAGAGAAGGUGCUACUUCAACAAGUGAAAGCACGUCUUGAAGAAAAGAAAGAAGAUGAAAGAAUUAUGACAUUAAAUACAAGUGCCAUGCCUCCAAUGCUACAACAAUAUUAUCUUCAACGACAAAUGGAAAUACUUGCAAGUCGUGCUGAGAAAAACUAG